GUUGUCAAGACUUUGGACUUCGGCCAGAUGCUCCCAAUAUAUAUCUCCUAACCCCUCUUACCCCUACUCCACCCUCCAAACACCCCAUCUCAGAUUUUCUCUCUGCUUUGUCAUUUUCCAGGAAAAUUACCCAAACACAUACGCCUCUCUCGUUUUGUCUCUUUCUUUUUCUGUGUGUGUAUAUUUAUAUAUGUAUCAUUGCUUGUGUUUGUCUUUCUGCGUGUGGUGGGAACUGGUCGGCGAGAGUAAGAGCAAGUAAUUAAAGAGGGCUGGUUGUUGUUUUUGGUUGAAGAAAAUGGAAGGAGGGAUACAUGCAGGCACAGAUGCCUCUGCUUUUAGAGAUUGUUUCUCUCUAACUUGGAAGAAUCCUUAUGUUCUUCGCCUUGCUUUUUCUGCUGGCAUUGGUGGCCUUCUCUUCGGCUAUGACACAGGAGUCAUUUCUGGUGCCCUUCUUUAUAUUAGAGAUGACUUUAAGUCAGUGGACAGGAAAACUGUUCUACAGGAGAGCAUUGUGAGUAUGGCAGUUGCCGGAGCAAUAAUAGGAGCAGCAAUUGGUGGAUGGUUAAAUGAUCGGUAUGGAAGAAGAAGUGCAAUCCUUAUUGCAGAUUUCCUGUUCUUCAUUGGAGCUGUAGUCAUGGCUGCUUCUCCUGGCCCAGCUCUUCUCAUCGUCGGUCGAGUUUUCGUUGGACUUGGCGUUGGAAUGGCAUCAAUGACAGCUCCUCUUUACAUUUCAGAGGCUUCUCCUGCAAAAAUCAGAGGUGCCCUUGUUAGCACCAAUGGAUUUCUCAUCACUGGUGGCCAGUUUCUUUCGUAUCUCAUCAACUUGGCCUUUACAGAGGCACCUGGGACAUGGCGGUGGAUGCUUGGCGUUGCAGGAGUUCCAGCUCUUCUUCAGUUCAUUCUCAUGCUAAUGCUCCCAGAAUCGCCUCGCUGGCUAUACCGGAAGGGAAGGGAAGAAGAAGCUAAAGCCAUACUGAGGAAAAUAUAUCCAGCUGAUGAAGUAGAAACAGAAAUCCGGGACCUUAAGACCUCGGUCGAAAAAGAAAUUGAUGAAGAAGGAAGUUCUGAGAAGAUUAACCUCAUCAAACUAUGCAAAACCAGAACUGUAAGAAGAGGACUAAUUGCUGGUGUUGGCCUUCAGGUUUUUCAGCAGUUUGUGGGAAUUAACACAGUUAUGUACUAUAGUCCCACCAUAGUUCAGUUGGCUGGUUUUGCUUCUAACCAAACUGCUCUGCUGCUUUCACUUAUCACUUCUGGCCUCAAUGCGUUGGGCUCUAUUGUGAGCAUAUACUUCAUUGACAGGACUGGAAGGAAGAAGCUUCUCAUCUUCAGUUUGGUUGGUGUCAUACUGUCUCUUGGUCUUCUAUCAGGAAUCUUCCAUGAGACUACAACUCACUCACCACUUGUUAAAGCUGCUGAAGGCCGCUACGGAAACUAUACCUGCCCUGAUUACAGUUUAGCCACCAAUGCUGCUUGGGACUGCAUGGAUUGCUUGAAGGCCACACAUCCGGAUUGUGGGUUUUGUGCUUCAGCUUCUGAUAAGCUACUGCCUGGAGUAUGCUUGAUAUCAAAUGACACAGUGAAGGAUCUUUGCCAUGGAGAUCACAGGGAAUGGUACACAAGGGGAUGUCCUAGCAAAUAUGGGUGGGUUGCAUUAAUUGGUUUGGCACUCUACAUCAUCUUCUUCUCCCCUGGAAUGGGUACUGUGCCAUGGAUUGUGAACUCUGAGAUCUACCCUUUAAGGUUCAGAGGGGUUUGUGGAGGAAUAGCUGCCACAGCAAACUGGGUCUCAAAUCUCAUAGUUGCCCAGUCUUUUCUGUCAUUGACACAGGCUAUUGGGACUUCCUGGACAUUCCUAAUAUUUGGGGUUAUAUCUGUAGUAGCUUUGUUGUUUGUCCUUGUGUAUGUGCCUGAAACAAAGGGGCUACCAAUUGAGGAGGUGGAGAAGAUGCUGGAGCUCAGAUCUCUGCGGUACAAGUUCUGGGAGAAGAGAUCUGAACCAUAUGAGAAAAAACCAGAAGUCUGAUUAGUACUAGAAUUUAACGUGAUAAAUUUAGGAAACCUUGAAAAUUUAAGAAUGGAGGUUUCCUUAUUGUAUAAAACUAAUUUAAACUUAAGAGAUGUGUUGCAGCUUCUUGACUAGUGGAAUAGACGUUGCCAUCCUAAAUUAUAGCAGACUAAAGAUUAAAAGAAA